UUACAAAAGCCGUUUAUGUCCACACCAACGCCUGAGAGUUCUGGAAAUAGUUGGACAUCACCGUUAACCCAAUCAGUGUGCAGAGAAUCUCUUGACAACCGAAAGACCCUGAAGAGUGGCAAAGACAGGUUAAGCAUACCUGACGGCGUAAUUAUAUUGAGCACAGCAAUUGGUGGCGCUACACAUCGUGGAGUUUUCUGCAAUCAGGGUGUAAUUCCAAAAGGGACACGUUUCGGACCUUAUUGCGGUCGUAUUACACACGUUAGCGAAAUCAAGACAAACGCAGAAAACAGUUACAUGUGGGAGAUAUUCAAAGAUGGGAAACUUUGCAAUUUUGUUGACGGCGAAGGAUCGUCUGGUAAUUGGUUACGUUUCAUAAAUUGCGCAAGACACAGCGCCGAGCAAAAUCUUACUGCUGUACAAUAUGGUGGUGCUGUUUAUUACGAAUCAUGUAAGGACAUCUUGUAUGGAAUGGAAUUAUUGGUGUGGUAUGGGGACAACUAUCAACAAUUACUUGGGAUCCCAAUUGCAUUGAAGGACACUGCAGAAGGAAGUGCUGCCUCUGAAAAAGAAGAAUCAGAGGGAUACAAAUGUAAAAAAUGCGAAAAGGUAUUCGCCUACAAGUAUUACAGGGAUAAGCAUUUGAAGUACACUCGUUGUGUUGAUCAAGGUGACCGGAAGUUCCCGUGCCAUCUUUGCAGACGAUCUUUCGAAAAGCGUGAUCGUCUCCGUAUACACAUUCUCCAUGUUCACGAAAAGUACAGGCCACACAAAUGUGGAGUAUGUGGCAAAUGUUUCUCACAGGUUGAAUUGCACGUACAUCUUGACGGCGCUUGUCGACCAAAGUCGAUAUGGGAUAUAGCAAAGAGGAGAGAUAUGAUUAAAACCUUGGACAUUCAGUCCAUGGAGGAGUUCAUCUCAAAGCUACGGGUCACCGGCUCGGGAUCACUUCCCAAAUUCGUACGAUCGUUUGAUAUCUUUUUGCCAAUACUACGUGGCGACAGACAAGCAAUCAAAAGAAUUGCUAUUGAAUUAUGUGAAGAUAAAGCUAAUGAGGGCGUAGCAUAUUUUGAAGCCUCGUAUUGUCCCCACUUACUGGCGGAUGAUGAUGUUGGUGUUAGUGUAGAGGAAGUGGUCCGAAACGUUAAUGAAGGCUUUAGUGAAGGUUACAAAAAAUUUGGCGUAAAAGCCAAUAGUAUACUCUGUAUGCUGAUAACUAAGCCAGAAUGGUGCGUGGACGUCGUGCGUCUCUGCGACACGUACAGACACCAUGGUGUGGUCGGAAUUGGACUAGCUGGGAAUGAAAAUGAACCUUUAGACAAAGAAUACUUUGAUAACAUGAAGGAAGCACUUCGACUCAACAUAAAGAGAACAAUACACGCAGGAGAGACAGGCUCAACCUCCAACGUCCGACGAGCGAUUGAAGUAUUUAAAGCCCAACGCAUCGGACAUGGAUACAGCUGUGUGAAAGACGAUAGUGUUUACCAGUUAGUAAAGGCAAGCAAAGUACAUCUAGAGGUGUGUCCCACAUCUAGCCACAUUCUUGGUUCGGUCGAUAGCGAUUAUUCCAAGCACCCUGCAAUAAGAUUUGCGAAAGAUGACGUGAAUUUUUCACUUAACACUGACGAUCCACUACACUUUGAAAACACCAUGAAAACGGAGGAAGAUAUUGCAAUGAAAUAUUUUGGUAUGACACAAGAAGACAUAGUAAAAUCGAGAAUUCGGGCUGCAGAGGCGUCGUUCUUACCUGAUAACGAAAAGAUGUCAUUGGUUAGACACCUACGAAAGCAGAGUAAGUCUACCGCUACCUGCGUGGCAUUAUAAUCCUAUAGAUAAUGACUCGCUUCAAACGUCUGGCAAGGGCAAGCUAAGAAUUGUUCAAAAAGGAAGUGGAGUGUGAGGGGAACCAAAUUAGUUAACGGGAACCGAAUAGAUAAGUGGGGUGCACUAGCAGCAGCAGUGAUAUGAAGAAGGAGCCAGAGGCCCUAUGGAAAGAUGUUGUACUUCUAUUCUAUUUUUUCUUAUUUCAAUACAUGUCAUUGGUGGUAUGUAUAGACAUUUAAAAAUGGAGUAGCAAAACGGGAUGCACGUGCCCCCUCCACCCAAUUAAAUCUGCCCUUGUUUGAAAAUAACGAAUAUGUGACAGUUUGCUUAUAUUUCUCAUCAAGCCAAAUAUAAAUUUUAAACAAUUCAUUGCGCAACGAAAAACAACAAUAUAAUGGACCGUAUAAAGUUACGAAAGAUACCAAUAGUCAGCAACAGUGUCUGUAUUGAUAGAGAUAUGGGAUUGUAUAGGAUCUACUCAACAAAUCACAACCCCAGUAAAAGAACACCCAUCAACAAAGUCUUUGAAUGAAAUUAUGAAAUGAGCAAUGCCGUCUAGGUAUUUUAGCACUUAUUUUCAAUGUAAGUGAGGUGCACAUAUCAAUAUUUGCCUGCAUGGACCGAUUCAUGGAAACAGCCUAGAGGCUAUUAUUAUUUUUCAUGUUUUUAUGGCUAAACACACUAGUCGGUUAAAAUUAGUUUAAUACUGUAGGCCUAUGUCUGUUAUCGUUUAUUGUAAAGACUACAGUAUUGUACAAUAGUAGUUAUUUAAUUAAAUAAUAAUAAAUAAUUAAAUAGCGUGAGACAUGUGUAUGGUACAGAAUUUUAGGUUGGUUACCCAAAUGAAUGUUUACAGUCCUAAUUGAAAGUGUCGAUAUUAGGACACACAUUAUGCCUAUAUGGACGCAUUGAAAAUCAUACGAGAUUUUAGAAGAUAUUCAUAUUA